AUGCCCGCACUCACUCCGUUGAAAGCCAUCAAGCCAUCUUCAGCCCCUCGUGCGCCGUCUCUAAAGAAGACACGGUUCGUUAGGCGCAGAGGGAGGGCCAAUGAUGGCAUCUACAGUGACGAGGAGUUUGUGCGCGAGGCCAGGUCUGACACCGAGUCCGACGACGACCGCUCGUCUCUCGACUCGGCAUCAGACUCGGAGACAGAGCCUGCCUCGGAAGACGCACCAACCACGGGCCACCCGCAGGUCGUCAUCCCGAGCUCGACGCACACCCCACAGCCCCCCGAAGUCAGCGCUGUCAAGCCGCUCGUCAAGUCCGCCUCCGCUGGGCCAACGCUGCUCAACGCGCCGCUCGACUGGGCGGAUGACUCCGCCGCCGACGACCACGAUCUCCCCGUCAUCGACUUUGCGGAUCUCGAUGCUCAACACCGGUUCCAGAGCACGAGGUCGCGCAAGCCCGAGAAGGGAGGCAAGCGCCCGGUCUUGACACGCACUUCCUCCGCGCCGCCUACCACCGUCUCUCCCGCGCCCAAUUCUGAGCACUCUGAGGAGAGGCCAGAGUCUCCCGUUCCUUCCACUUCCGAGCCACGCCAGAAAGAGGCCUCGUUCACGCGCCGCGUAGGACAGACCGCGCGCCAGGCGUAUCAAGAGCGCUUGGAGAGUGACCCGUCCUACGUGCCCACGGUCGGUGAGUUCUGGGGCCACGACGACAGGCUGCUGGACAAGGACCUCCGGAGCUUGAGUGGCUGGUGGCGAGGGAAGUGGCAGGGGCGGGGCGGGCGAGGCAGAGGAAGAUUCAACAACGGGUUCGGGGCGCGAGGGCGAGGCGGGUUCAUGAAUCCGCGUUCGGUAGCGCCGGAGGACGAGGGUGAGCAGGAAGGGUCAGCUGAUGUGCCACCCGUUGAGCGCCCGUGGACGCACGACGGUUUCGAGGAGAUGAAGAAGAGGGAUGAACGGAGGGCGGAGUUCCAGCAGCAGCAGCCUCAGCGAGGGUUUAUGCGCGGCGGGUUCCGUGGUGGCAGAGGUGGGUUCACGCCUCGUGGUCGUGGCUUUGCUCGUGGAGGGUUCUCUCCAGUUUCCACUCACGCAAGACAGGGUAUGCCGCCUUCGUCGUCUCCGCAUCGCGUCUGGUAUGCCAUGAAGCCCGAACGCGUCUGGACGAAGCACCACGAGUCGUUCUUGUAUUCGGACCCGUCGUUGAAGCCGAGGGUGGGUCAGGGCGCGGGGUAUCGCAUCAAGCUGCCUGGCCAGCCACAGGAGGAGAUUGUCCGUACUCCCCCUCGUCCUUGGGCCUCGCCGUCGUCGCCGGCAUCAGCACCCGUCGCGCCUUCUGCCACGGCCUCGGAGGCGGCGGACAAGGUCUUCACGGUCCGCCUCCCGCCACGUGAGGAGACGGCCGUCCCCGAGAUGUCCGAGCCUGAGCCUGCGACGACUGUGGCUGAACCUCCCAUCGAUGACGCAUUCGUCAUCACCAAGCCGCCUCCCCCGACCGUCAUCCCGAUCCCCGCCCCGCCCACGCCCCAGCCAAGCACGAGCAGCUCCCCCGCACUCGGUCCACAGCCCGCACAGGUCCCAGCAGAGCCGGCGUCUUCCGACAGCGACGGCGAGUGGAUCGAGGCGCCGACCGUCCCCCCGAUAUCCCAUGACAGACCCCAGCCACCCAUCCUCCCUCCUCUCCAGACCGUCUUUUCACCCAUGGCCCAGCCUUCUCCUUCGUUCGGCUCGCCAUACGGGUAUGCCCCGGCGCUGCCACCAGGCAUCGGACUCAACCAACAUGGCAUCCCCUACGAGAUAGCUACUGGCCGCGCUGUGUACCUCCAGCCCCCCCCUCCGCCUCCCGGCCCUCUCUACAACCCGCGCGGUGUCAUCCCGGGACACAUGUCCAUGCCUCCCGGCCUCCCAUUCGUCCCUCACCACGUCCACCACCACUCCAAUCUCUCCGUUUCCCCCGACUUCCUGGCACACUCUCCAGCGCCGUCCGCCUACACCGGUGAAGCCCCGAUCUUCGCGCCCCCGCGACAGAGCAGCCGCAUCGAGAUCCGGAAGCCGACACCGGAGGACGAGGCGAACGCGAAGAAGGGCCCGUCGCCGCGUCCCGCGCUCCGCAACGGCGCCUCGUCCCUGCGCUCGAGUGUGACGAGCUCUUCUGCGUCCGCCGCGGGCGUUCCGCGGACCGUGGACCCGAACGCGCCCGCGUUCAUCCCGCCCUCGCACAUGCAGCGGCCGUCGCAGGAGUACUUCCCCAACGGCUCGCCGUCGCCUGCGUACCCCAUGGCCUCGGCGGAGGACCAUCGCCCGCCGCCGCCGAUGGAUCCCGGGAUGAUGGGCUAUCAGCCGUAUCAGCAGGGGUACUAUUACCCCGAGACGUACGGAUACCAGCCCUACGUCGAUAUGCCACAACAGAGCAUGCCGUACGAGGUGUAUCCGCUGGACCCGCGCACGUCCCAUCCUGUAUACUAUUGA